AUGGCUGAUUUACUUGCUAAUAUCAAUUUGAAGAAAGCUGAUGGUACAGUAAAGAAAGGAAGUGAUGCACUGGCUAACAAAAAAGUUGUGGCAUUAUAUUUCUCAGCACAUUGGUGCCCACAGUGCCGACAAUUUACACCGAUCCUAAAAGUGAUUUCUAAACUUCCGAUUUUCAAAAUUGCUACAAAAUUGAUAGCACUUCAGGGAUCGUAA